AUCGAGGAUGGCUGAUCACGAUAGACCAGCUAGCAGUGGAUCAGACAUACAGUGUAUGGGUGUUGUACCACACAAGCAUGACAGAUCAUAAGGAACAAACUGUUCGGAAAAUGUUGAACAGACUUCUCCACGUGACCUACUCCUACAUAUAUACAACAUGUAAGCGGCGGUCGUGUUCGAGCAAUUUCCUAUCUCCAAACGUUAACCGUAUUUACCACGCUAGCACAAAAACGAAGUUGGUCUUAUUGCUGUUGUUCUUACUGCUGCUGCUAUCAACGUUGUUUACAUUAAACGAGCGGAUAUGCCCACGACAAAAUUUCUUUCGGCGAAUUCACUAUAUUAACAGACCAGGAUUCAUCAGUCCGGAUGUGUUUAAAAAUUGUGAAUACGCAUGUAUCAUGACAGAAGGUUGGGAUUAUUCAUCUGCGGAUGUUGUUAUAUGGCAAGGAAUGGAUAGCCCUAUAUAUCCACCCAGAAAAUACAUUAACCAGACGUGGGUCUUCCAUUCGAUGGAACCACCCCUACUCCACGUACACUCAAUGAAACUAUGGGAUGGAUUAUUCAACUGGACAAUAUCCUAUAGACGGGACUCCGAUUUCUAUAGUCCAUACGGGAUUUUCCGGACUGUACAGCGUAAUUCAAUUCCAACGGAGAGUGCUGAUUUAUUGAACUGGAAAACAAGAUCAGAUGUACUUUGGUUUGUAUCGAACUGUCACGUGCCCAGUGGUCGACCUGAAUAUGCUGCAGAACUAGACAAAUAUGUUCGUGUGGAUGUCUACGGAAAAUGUGGAACAAAGAAUUGCAGCGGAAAUUGGGAGUCGUGUUCAAAAGAAUUACGGAAUAAAUAUAAAUAUUAUCUUUCUUUUGAAAAUUCAUUAUGUCGGGAUUAUAUAACAGAGAAGAGUAUGAAAAUAUAUGAAAGUUUAUUCAAUGCUAUUCCAGUAACGCGAACAGGAGCUAAUGUGUCCUUAUAUCUCCCACCUGGGUCUUAUUUAUCUACCGCUGAUGCGUCAAAUACAGAAAGCAUGGCUUUAUAUUUAUAUAAGUUAAAGUCACCAACCUCUUUUUUUCGAUGGAGGCAGUUUUACGUUGCUGAAGACACAAUAGACUCAGAGCAAACUUUCUGUGAGUUGUGCCGGCGUAGUCAUACCGUCAAUAAGUACAGACGAUUAUACCGAAGUCUGGACAAGUGGCUGAGAGGGAACGACGGCGCUGUCCCAAGCAUGUGUUCCAGAGUCAACGAUUUGCUAUAAUAAAUGAUUUAUUAAUUGUUUAUGUUAUUUAUUGUUCGAUUUAUUCAAGUUAAUAUAUGAAUAUAGUAAUGGAUUGAUUGAUUGGUUUGUCGUCCCCUCAUUAACAAGUACUUCUUCUACUUUCUACUUUUAAAUGGUACUGACCAAGUAGUUCGGUUAUCCAGCAGACGACGAACAAUGUCAGGAAAGGUUAGGUUUUAUAUGUAUCUUGCUUCCUGGUUAGGUAUGCAAGUAGACGAAAUUUAAAAUACCUAAAUAUUCAUAUGUAUAUCAAAGGAAUAGAUGUAAAGAAGGUAAAACAAAUACCGACUUAAAACUAGCAACUUUCAUCCUUCACGUAAUUUCAUCCAUAUUUUAAAAUCUUAUCUGAACACGCCGCGGUACAAUUAUUUGGUAUUAUUGACCAAUCAGACAAGUACUUUCCAUUUACUGCAUUCGAAACUUGAUUUUACGUUUCCAAUGAACCGACUGCAGAAUAAGCGAUUGUGAUUUCCCCGCCGAGUGGAGCUUGGCGAUUGUUUUCUUCUGAAGGUGUAUUACUAAACUAUUUCAAGCACUGCCGAGCGUAGAAAGCAAGAUUUAUCGAACAUUAGCCCCUUGGUCAAACAGAUCGAGUGAGGCGUAGAAUAGUUUUCUGAGUUUGCGGUAUUAUUCCUGGUUAUAUUUUAUAACGUAGAGUAUCUCUAUUUUAUCAUGGCCCAGCGGAGCAAGUGUUAACAAAUUCUGUAAAGAAUAUGGUAAAAAUGUAUGUUUUUUAAUUAAAAUGGUGAUGCUUGUAUCAUGUGUAUGUAGUUUAGAGGAGCAUUUUGGCACUCAAUAUUGAAUUAUUUUGUCAUAAAUGUGAGCUAUGAUUUAACUGUUUUGUCUUUUAUUGUGAAUUUGUACGCAUACAUAUGUGCAAGGGCAACACCUAAUGAAAAGGAUAUACAUGCUAGGCUUUUAUGCUAACAUUGGUUAUUAUUCACCUGAUAAAGUGAUCCUAAGGAGUGUGCUUUGUUGUUAUUGACGUUUUUGAAAUAUUUGUUUUUUAAUUGGUAUAAAAAAUCACGUCUUGUGAUCAUGUGUAUAUGAAACCACAGGUGAAAAUACAGGUGUAUCGAUCAUGAAAUGGACUCUACCUUUGAAACAAUACUUGACCUAUAUACCUAAUUCCAACAGAUGGUUUUAUCCUCUCUCAACUGACAGUGUGAUCAUCACACCGUGACAUUAGAACAAUAAGGUUAGGUAGAGUUAGUCCGGUGAGCCUUGACCACUG